AUGUCGGAAACCUCACAUCCAUCUCGCGAUCCAAAAAAUCUCAGCGAACCAUUCGCAGUCAUCGAAUUUCUCGAGAAAAACGAAAAAGGGCUACCAUGCAUUGAUUUGGUGCCGAAAAAAUGGUUUAAUAGUGCAGAAGAAGACACCUGUAAAUUCCCACCGACAACUGAAUAUCAUCUACUUGACGACUACUUGGAAAAAUUGCACUCGCCCAAGGACUCUUGGCAAAGUUAUCCAUUUUGCUUCAUCACCGGAGCAGCUGAUUUGGAUCAGGGUCGCAGAAGAUUAAAAAAGGCCCAAGUAACUCUCAACUGUGAGACAACCGAUGGUGAAAAUGAUCGAAAGGGGGGGAGGUCCGAAACUUCCUCGAAAGCAAAAAUUUCAGCAAAACCCUUAACUGCAUCAAAGUCUCAACUAAACAACAUCUUUAGUACUAAAAUCCCGAUUCCACCUAGAAAUCAAACUCCAAAGUCUGGUAUACAAGCAAAACCAAAGACAAGAUUUCAAAGCAUUUACCAGAGUGGAUCUGACUCUGAAGACGAAAAUCAUGAUUGUCUUAUAGCUAAUCCUGAGGAGAUUCGAGCCUCAAAGGCUCAAAAUAAUUCUGGCUUUUUGCAAAUGUCGAGUAAAUCGCGAUCUGUACCAACAGGUGCAUGUUUAUCAUUUAAACAGCGGUCAAGGAAGAAUAUUACUUUGCUUAAAGACGUCGAAACUGAUGAAUCUGAGAGCAAUGAUUCCUCCGAUGGAAUUCUGCAGUCACCUACAAAAUCGAUGGACUCAGCGAGAAAUACAAGAAAAGAACUUCAUUUGACACCUCCUUCACCACUAGUCCAUAACGCUUCAGGUAACCGAAAAAGGCGUGCAUCGUCUACUACACGCGCUGAAGACGGAUUGAAUUCGAUUGUGAGCCCAGGAACUCCAAAAACUUCACGAUCAAUGAUGGUACCCCCUGCUAAGAUGCCAAAAAUGCUGGGACCACAAAACCAGUUGUCAUCUAGUCAUUAUGCUGAUAAUGAACGUCGAAUCCUGAACUCCCUUCGAGAUUACUUUGAUCAGCAAUUAGAUGAAAAGCUCGAAAAUUUAAGACGCAGGAUGGCUUACGAUUUAAAGCAGUCUAUGAAUGAGCUCAAGACCACAAUCAUUGGCACUAAUCUAGCCCCAGCUUCUGGUCCUAGCUUGCUUGAAAUACAGAAGCAGAUGUCUACGCCACUACCAUUUGAAAUGGAUGAUAAGUUCCAGGAAUACGAAGCGAUAUUGACAACGGACCCAGAUCUCGUAGAAACACUGCGAUUAUUCAUGAGAGUUUUGAUAAGCAAUAAAAAAGAGAUGAAAAUAUGUGUUUCCACUAUCCUAUCUGCGGUUCUGAGGAAGACAGUGUCACUGCACUAUUCUGGUUACGGAAAGGAAGCUGGCGGAAAGAAAAAGAAAAAUUUUUAUAACACUGCAGUAUGCAAAGUACUGAUUGAUGUGAUAAUUGAGGUAAUAGGAUCCAGCACUGAUGAGAAGAAGAUAAUGUCAGAAGUAAGUACUUGGUUGUCACGUUCUGGCGAUCGAGAGGGUGGGCGUAAGGAACGACAACGCGGGUCAAGUCAUCAUAACGAGAAUAAUUCAGUUUGUUCCUUUGAUACCAAUCGAUAAUACUUCAUUUUUCCGGGAUAAAUGGAAUUGUAAAAUCACUGUGUUAAUAUGACUCCAUUAGUUCAUUUUCGUAAUUGUAUUAGUUGUGAUAUUCUUGAUAAAAGGUACGAUUAAUAGGAAAAGUUUAUAUUAUCAAUAUAUUUUUAUCGCGAGGCGUUUCAUUGGGCAGAAUAUAUAUUAAUAUAUGAAUAUUGUUUAGUAUUCGGCUGUCAUUGAAGUAUUAAUUAUAUUUAUUAUAUUUCUCCUGGCGAGGUCGGAAAUCCAGAAGAUGGAAAUAACAAUUGGAAAAUGUGAUGUAUCUUAGCAUAAUAAA